UCAUCAAUAAAAUUAUUAUUUUCUAAAAAAACAUAAUAUUUUGUGAUGUAAGAUUUUUGUAUAGAUAUUUGUUUUAUACCUUUUCUUCCAAAAUAGAAUAAGCAUGGAAAAAUUAGAAAUUGUUCCUGCAAUUAUUCCAAAAACACCAGACAAAGUUUUAGAAGUAAAAUAUCCCGGUAAUGUAAAAGUUGAUAACGGUAAUCAAUUAACCGUUGAUCAAACAUCAAAACCACCAACCGUUGAAUGGGAGGCAAAAGAAGAUGCAUUUUAUACAUUAUUAAUGAUUGAUCCCGAUGCACCAAGUCGUUCAAACCCAAAAAAAGCGGAAUGGCAACAUUGGUUAAUUGGUAAUAUACCUGGUAAAAAUGUAAAAGCUGGUGAUGUUAUAAUCGAUUAUAAUGGACCAACGCCACCAAAAAAUUCUGGUUUACAUCGUUAUAUUUUUUUAGUUUAUGAACAACCAACUGGUAAGAUUAGUUUUAAAGAGAAGAAAAUUCCAAAAGAUUCUUCGGAAGGUCGUGCAAAUUUUUCUAUUAAAGAUUUUUCAAGUAAAUAUAAGUUAAAUACACCAAUUGCUGGUAAUGUUUGUCAAGUAGAACGUAGUUAAUUGUGCUUAAAAUUUGGAUUCCGAAUCAUAACGAUUCUGUCAAUGCUUUUUGUACGAUUAUAUAUAUUAAUUAAAUAAUAAAUUAGAUUUAGCCAAUUAAA